AUGGCGCCUCACCCUUUGGGUGUGCCCUCUAUCCAAGUGACCUGUGAGACCGAGCAGUCCUUCUCUGGAGCCUCAAACAACGAAAUACCGAAGGCCGCGUCUGCCCCACCCAGCCCCACGCUCAUGUCCCGGGACUGUGCGGAGCCAGAAGCAGGCGGCUGCCGAGGGGCUGCGAGGAAGCUUCGCGCGCGGCGCGGAGGGCGCAGCCGGCCCAAGAGCGAGUUGGCGCUGAGCAAGCAGAGACGGAGUCGGCGCAAGAAAGCCAACGACCGCGAGCGCAAUCGGAUGCACAACCUCAACUCCGCACUGGACGCGCUGCGCAGUGUCCUGCCCACCUUCCCGGAUGACGCGAAGCUCACCAAGAUCGAGACGCUGCGCUUUGCUCACAACUACAUCUGGGCACUGACUCAGACGCUGCGCAUAGCGGACCACAGCUUCUAUGGGCGGGAGCUGCCCGCGGGGACGUCCUGCGGGGAGGUGGGCAGCCCCGCUGGCGGCUCCACUGGUGACUGGGGCUCCCUCUACUCCCCAGUUUCCCACGCUGGCAGCCUGAGCCCCGACGCCUCGUUAGAGGAGCGCCCCGGGCUUGGGGCGCCUACCUCCCCUCCCUGCCUGCCUCCUGGCGCCUUGGCCUUCUCAGACUUCCUGUGA